CAUCGCCGGGAGGGGAAAAAAAAAACACUAAAACAAUUGACAGUCUGGGUUUUAUGUCUCCCGAAGAGUCAGCGAAAUGUCCACAAAGGCAGAGCAGUUUGCCUCUAAGAUACGAUACUUGCAAGAGUAUCACAACCGUGUGCAACACAAUAUUUACCCUGUGCCCUCCGGAACAGACAUUGCAAACACACUGAAAUACUUUUCCCAAACCCUGCUCAGCAUUCUGUCCCGCACAGGCAGGAAGGAGAACCAGGAAGCUUCCAAUUUGGCCGUGCCCAUGACCAUGUGUCUUUUUCCUGUGCCAUUCCCACUCACCCCAUCUCUAAGACCACAAGUCAGUUCCAUCAACCCUACAGUUACUCGCUCCCUCCUUUACAGCGUUCUGCGUGAUGCCCCGUCAGACCGCGGGGGGCAGGGGCAGCAGAGUCGGGACGCUCAGCUCUCAGAGUACCCCUCUCUGGACUAUCAGGGCCUCUAUGUGACCCUCGUGACCCUGCUUGACCUGGUGCCCCUGCUGCAGCACGGUCAGCAUGAUCUGGGACAGUCCAUAUUUUACACAACAGCUUGCCUCCUGCCCUUUCUCAGUGAUGAUAUUCUCAGCACUUUGCCCUAUACUAUGAUCUCCACUUUAGCUACAUUUCCCCCUUUCCUCCAUAAAGACAUCAUCGAAUACCUGAGCACCUCUUUCCUACCCAUGGCCAUAUUGGGUUCUACUCGAAAGGAGGGAGGAGUCCCAGCCUAUGUCAAUUUGUCUGCCUCAUCUAUGCUAAUGAUUGCAAUGCAGUACACCUCAAAUCCAGUUUAUCACUGUCAGUUGCUGGAGUGCCUAAUGAAGCACAAACAGGAAGUAUGGAAGGACUUGCUUUAUGUCAUAUCAUAUGGCCCAUCCCAAGUAAAACCUCCAGCUGUGCAGAUGCUGUUUCAUUACUGGCCCAACCUAAAGCCUCCAGGAGCCAUCAGUGAAUACAGAGGGCUGCAGUACACUGCUUGGAAUCCCAUCCACUGUCAACAUAUUGAGUGCCACAAUGCCAUCAAUAAACCUGCUGUCAAGAUGUGCAUAGAUCCUACUCUCUCUGUUGCUCUGGGAGACAAGCCCCCUCCUCUUUACAUAUGUGAGGAAUGCAGCCAGAGGAUAGCCGGAGAUCAUGCUGAAUGGCUUGUUGAUGUCCUUCUACCGCAAGCAGAGAUAUCUGCCAUCUGUCAAAAGAAGAACUGCAGCUCUCAUGUCAGGAGGGCCGUGGUCACCUGCUUCUCAGCUGGCUGCUGUGGGCGCCAUGGCAACCGGCCUGUCCGCUACUGCAAGCGUUGCCAUGUCAACCACCACAGCAACGAGGUGGGGGCUGCGGCGGAGACCCAUCUGUACCAGACAUCGCCCCCUCCCAUCAACACCCGAGAGUGCGGAGCGGAGGAGCUAGUGUGCACCGUGGAAGCUGUGAUAAGCCUUCUGAAGGAGGCAGAAAUCCACGCAGAGCAGCGUGAGUUUGAGCUGAAUAGGCGUCGUCAGAUGGGCCUGUCUGCCUCUCACCACUCUCUGGACAACAUUGAGUUUGACAACAAGGAGGAUGACCAGCAUGACCAGCGCCUCCUCAGUCAGUUUGGCAUCUGGUUCCUGGUGAGCCUGUGCACGCCUAAUGAGAACACACCCACAGAAAGUCUGGCUAGGCUGGUCAGCAUGGUCUUCCAGUGGUUUCACUCUACCGCCUACAUGAUGGAUGAUGAAGUUGGGAGUUUAGUAGAGAAGUUGAAGCCGCAGUUUGUUACAAAAUGGCUGAAGACAGUGUGUGAAGUGCGCUUUGAUGUUAUGGUCAUGUGUCUGCUGCCCAAACCUGUAGAAUUUGCCAGGGUGGGAGGUUACUGGGACAAGUCAUGCAGCACAGUGACUCAGCUAAAGGAGGGUCUAAACCGUAUCUUGUGUCUGAUACCUUACAAUGUCAUCAGUCAACCACUGUGGGAAUGCUUUAUGCCUGAGUGGUUGGAGGCCAUACGUACCGAGGUGCCUGACAACCAGCUCAAAGAGUUCCGGGAGGUGCUCAGCAAGAUGUUUGAUAUUGAGCUUUGCCCCCUGCCAUUUUCCAUGGAGGAAAUGUUUGGCUUCAUCAGCUGCAGAUUCUCUGGCUACCCUGCAUCUGUGCAGGAGCAAGCUCUGCUGUGGCUUCAUGUGCUGUCAGAGUUGGACAUCGUGGUGCCUCUUCAGCUGCUGAUCGGGAUGUUCUCUGAUGGAGUAAACUCUCUUAAGGAACUGGCCAAUCAGAGAAAGGCUCGUGCUUCAAAUCUGUCCGGCAACAAUGGAGCUCGAAGGGUGAGUGUGGUGUCAGAUCCAGGACGUCGUGGUCAGCACAAUACUCUCAGCCCUUUCCCCAGCCCCUUCAGGAGCCCGUUUCGCAGCCCACUGCGCUGCAGCCCUUUUAAAAACCUGGGUCAUGCCACUGGUCACUGCGCACUGGAUUUGGACUGUGAUGAUGACGACAUGAACCUUGGCUGUUUCAUCCUCAUGUUUGAUCUAAUCUUAAAGCAGAUGGAGCUCCAGGAUGAUGGUGUUAUGUUGGGUCUAGACAGUAGCCUGGGGAAGGAUAUCGUGGGCAUCAUCAACAAUGUCUUCCAAGCCCCGUGGGGGGGUUCACACACCUGCCAGAAGGAUGAAAAAGCUCUUGAGUGCAGCCUGUGCCAAUCCAGCAUCCUGUGCUACCAGCUGGGCUGUGAGCUACUGGAGAGGCUGACCCCCCGGGAAGAAAUUCGCCUGGUGGAGCCCACAGACAGUUUGGAGGAAACUUUGAUCCCGUCUCAACAGGAUUUCUCCCUCGGGGCAGAAAAUGGAAGAGAGGAAGGGGACAACCCAAGUGGGACAAAUACUGACAACCCCAGCAACCUCUCUCCUGAGAAUGCAUCCAUGAAGAAUAAUUCUGACAAGAAGUUCUCUUACCAGCAGCUUCCUGUCCCUUUGAAGCUUAUCUACACCAUCCUGCAGGAAAUGUCUAAAUUUGAGGAACCUGACAUCUUGUUCAACAUGUUGAACUGUCUGAAGAUCCUGUGUCUUCAUGGAGAGUGUUUGUAUCUCGCUUGCAAGGAUCACCCCCAGUUUCUGGCCUACAUCCAGGAAAAGAUGCUCAUCCCCAGCCUAUGGUCGAUGUUGAAGUCAGAGUUUUGUCAGCUGGCCUCUUUGGCCGUGCCUCAGCUUCUCCAUGCCCUGUCUCUGUCUCAUGGGGCAGACAUCUUCUGGAACCUCAUCAACACAAACUUCAACAGCAAAGACUGGAAAAUCCGAUUUGAAGCCGUUGAGAAGGUAGCGGUGCUGUGUCGGUUCCUGGACAUUGGUGCAGUGACAAAGAACCAUUUGUUGAAAUACUCCUUGGCUCACGCUUUCUGCUGCUUCCUGGCCUCUGUGGAGGACGUCAACCCAGCUGUAGCCACCAGGGCCAGACUGUUGCUGGACACCAUCAAGAGGCCGGCCCUGCAGGGCUUGUGCCUGUGUCUGGAUUUCCAGUUUGACACAGUCGUGAGGGAUCGUCCCAUCAUUCUCAGUAAACUUCUGCUGCUGCACUUCCUGAAAAAAGACAUCCCUGCUCUGAGCUGGGAGUUUUUUGUCAAUCGGUUUGAAACGUUAUCUCUGGAGGCUCAGCUACAUCUCGACUGCAACAAGGAGUUUCCCUUCCCCACGACCAUUACAGCUGUUCGAACCAAUGUGGCUAACCUCAGUGAUGCUGCAAUGUGGAAGAUUCGAAGGGCCCGCUUUGCAAGGAAUCAGCAGAAGAGUGUGCGCUCCCUGCGUGACAGUGUGAAGGGAAGCCAGUCCGAGUCCAAACGGGCUUUUUCACUUCCAGAGUCUCUGAGCAACCGACUUCCUCUAAGGCUUACGAGACAAGAGCACUCUGCCCCAACACUUGGAGAUAUGAUAGAGAAAGUCCUGCCAGCACGUUUCCUCCUGCACUUUAACCCUGAUGCUUCAGCCCCUCUUGCAGGCCAGACCCCUUCUCCGGAGGAUGAUACCAUAAUCAGAGACUUGCUUCCUGAGGAUGCCGGCAUCGAUCACCAAACCGUUCACCAGCUAAUCAUGGUGCUCAUGAAAUUUAUGGCCAAAGAUCAAAGCAGCGCUGAGGCUGACAUUGGGAGUGCCAAGGCUUUUAACACAGUGAAGCGUCACCUGUAUGUGCUGCUGGGCUACGACCAACAGGAGGGUUGUUUCAUGAUUGCACCUCAGAAGAUGCGCAUCUCCACCUGCUUUAAUGCCUUCAUCGCCGGCAUUGCACAAGUAAUGGACUACAAUAUUGGUUUGGGUAAGCAGCUGCUCCCCCUGGUGGUCCAGGUGUUAAAGUACUGCACAUGUCCUCAGCUGAGACACUAUUUUCAGCAGCCGCCCCGAUGCUCCCUGUGGGCGUUAAAGCCACACAUUCGACAGAUGUGGCUCAAAGCUCUGCUAGUUAUCCUGUAUAAGUACCCUUACAGAGAUAUGGAUGGCAGUAAAGUGGUCCUCCAUCUGAUCUACAUCACCAUCAACACGCUAAAUGCGCAGUAUCACAGCUGCCGUCCCCACGCUGCAACAGGACCCCUCUACAGUGAUAACUCCAACAUAAGCCGCUACAGUGAGAAAGAAAAAGAAGAAGACAGUGUCUUUGAUGAGUCAGAUGUUCAUGACACACCCACUGGUGCUGCAAACAAGGAGUCUCAGACCUUCUUUGCUCGUCUGAAGAGAAUUGGUGGCAGCAAGUCGGUGAAGUACCAGCCAGUGGAGCUGAAUGCCAAGAAAAGUGACAUUGAGCUGUCUGAGUACCGUGAAGCAAGUGCCCUUCAGGACAGCAUCCUACACUGUGUGAGGGAGGAGAGCACCAGAAAGAAGCGGCUACAGGCAAUACACAAACAGAAGUCUCUGGACAUUUCCAACACAGACUCCAUCCUCUUCAGUCUGGAUGAACACCGGCGGAAAUCUUGCAUUGAUCGUUGUGACUUGCAAGUGCCCCCUGUGGUCCUGCCUCCAUCCUCCGCCAUGUCCCGCAGGCAUCAUGGCAAGGGAUCUUCUGACUGCUCAUCUGUUCGGGUUGAUCCUGUGGAUCGACGAGGUUCUCGAGGAGGCCAGUCUGACUCAUCCAAGCCUGUCAUCCCAGAGGUCCGCCUCAGCUGCAUGGAAACAUUUGAAGACAAACUGGACAAUGACUCUCUGGAGGGAUCAGCACUAGAGAAGGAAGAUCAAGACCUCAUUGACCUCUCCUCUGACUGCACCUCAAUUCCAGAAAAACACUCACUGCUCUCCAUGUCUGACAGUGACUCCUUGGUGUUUGAACCUCUUCCUCCUCUAAGGAUUGUGGAAAGUGAUGAGGAGUUUGAUCUUAGCACCAUUAUCAGCUCUAAGUUUAAGGGAAGUCCAAAGAUUUCGGCUUCCCCCGCAAGCAGCAGCACUUUGCGGCUGUCUCCUGUAGUUCAGGUGAGUGUGGAGGACUGUUCCAGCAAACAAAAGACCUCAGACCAAUUAGAGGGAGAGGGCAACUCACUACGGGAAUUUUUAGAAAAGAGGCCUAAACCUGUGACUCCCAGCAGUUCUCUGGAUCUCCCUGAACGUCCAGAGAACCUCUGCCAUGAAAGCCCCCUAACUCUGAAGCAGAAAAGAGACCUGCUUAGGAAGACCCCAAAUGUCCCUGACACCUCAAUAGAUGACACAUCAGUGACCCCUGAAGACAUGAGGAUGGGACCUGGUACAAGUCCCUCUGGCAGGACUAUCUUUCUGGACAUCCCAGAAGACAAAGCAGAGCCACUUUCUUCACCAGAGAAAAGCAAGAGUAACAGCAAUGAUGAUGAAGAGGAUGGAUAUGACGAGGAAGAUGAUGAUAUGGGUGAUGAAGUAGAUAGCGACCCCAAACCUGACAAUGCAGAUGACAAUGAUGAAGCCGAGUUUAAAAUCCAGAUUGUUCCCCGCCAGCGAAAACAGAGGAAGAUAGCGGUCAGUGCCAUCCAGAGAGAAUAUCUGGACAUUUCAUUCAACACAUUUGACAAGCUGGGUGGUGAACAGAGCGCUGAAACCGAUCACAAAGUUAUGUCCACCUUGGAAAAACCUCGAGAAUCUGCCUCAGCCCCAACUCUUGAAGCUGCUAUGCCUGAAACAAGCCAUCGCUCUUCAGUAUCAACUCAGUACCGCCAGGUGAAGCGAGGCUCUCUGGGAGCUCUGACGAUGAGUCAGCUUAUGAAGAGACAGCUGGAGCAUCAGUCCAGUGCCCCACACAACAUCUGCACCUGGGAAACAGGCCCUACAAAGACCAGUCUUCUCUCAGCGCCAAGCACUGUCAGCAUGUUUGUCCCUGCGCCCGAGGAGUUCAUAGAUGAACAGCCUACCACGAUGUCUGACCGGUGUCGGGACUGUGCAGCUGUGCUGGAGGAAUAUGAUGAGGAGACUCUCGGCCUUGCUGUGGUAGUUCUUUCCAUGUUCAUCCACCUCAGCCCUGAUUUGGCUGCUCCUAUGCUUCUUGACAUCAUGCAGUCUGUGGGCAGAUUGGCAUCUAGUGGUAAUUUUACUGGACAAGCUGAGAGUAUGUUGAUCCCAGGGAAUGUAGCAGGAGUGGCCAAGCAGUUCCUGCGCUGUAUGUUUCACCAGCUGGCCCCUAACGGCAUCUUGCCCCAGCUUUUCCAAAGUAACAUCAAAGAUGGGAGCUUUCUGCGAACUCUUGCAUCUUCUUUGAUAGAUUUUAAUGAACUGAGCUCUGUUGCAGCUCUCAACAUGCUACUGGAGGGUUUAAACAACAAAAAGAGCUUACCAGCAGGGGGCACAAUGCUGCACUGCCUGGACAACAUUGCUACCUUUAUGGAGGCUCUCCCCAUGGACUCUCCUAGCAACCUGUGGACAACCAUCUGCAACCAGUUCCAGACCUUCCUCACAAAACUGCCCUCUGUGCUUCCUCUGAAGUGUCCAAUGGACUCCAGUUUGAGGAUUAUCAUUUGUCUUCUAAAAAUCCCAACCACAAAUGCAACUCGGAGUCUCCUGGAGCCUUUUUCCAAGCUGCUGAGCUUUGUCAUCCAAUAUGGCACAUUCAGUUUGUGCUACCUUGUAGAGCUCUGUGGACUCUGUUACAAAGCCUUCAACAAGGAGAGAGAUAAGUUCUACAUGUCCCGCAUUGUGGUGUUAGAGCUUCUGCAGGCUCUCAAGUUCAAGUCUCCAGUACCCGACACAAACUUGUUACUGCUGGUCCAGUUUGUUUGUGCAGAUAUCGGCACACGGCUCGCAGAAUCCACCAUCAUCCAAAAACACAUGAUCUCAACGCUGCCGGGGUGUACAACAGCAGCGAUGGAGUGCAUGAGGCAAUACAUAAGUGAGCUCCUGGACUUCAUAGCAGAUAUGCACACACUAACCAAACUUAAAAGCCAUAUGAAGGCUUGCUGUCAGCCCCUGCAUGAGGACACUUUUGGGGGCAACCUGAAAGUGGGCUUGGCACAAGUGGCAGCCAUGGAGAUCAGCAAAGGCAAUCACCGUGACAACAAAGCUGUAGUCCGUUAUCUUCCCUGGCUGUAUCAUCCACCAUCCACAAUGCAACAAGGGCCCAAAGAAUUCAUUGAGUGUGUGUCCCACAUCCGUCAGCUAUCCUGGCUUCUUUUGGGCUCCCUGACGCACUGUGCCCUGCAUCAGGGCUCCACCUCCUGCAUGCCCAUCCCUCUGGAUGCUGGCUCCCACAUUGCAGAUCAUCUUAUAGUCAUCCUCAUUGGCUUCCCAGAACAGUCAAAGACAUCGGUGCUACACAUGUGCUCUUUGUUCCAUGCCUUCAUGUUUGCCCAAUUGUGGACCAUCUACUGUGAGCAGGCAGCUGCUGCUCCAUCCCUGCAGAACCAGAACCAGACAGAGUUUUCUUCUAGCGCCAUCCUCACCGGCUUGGAGUUUUGGAGUCGGGUUACACCCAGCAUCCUGCAGCUCAUGGCCCACAAUAAGGUGAUGGUAGAGAUGGUUUGUCUUCAUGUCAUCAGUUUGAUGGAAGCCCUGCAGGAAUGCAACUCAACCAUCUUUGUCAAGCUAAUUCCUAUGUGGCUACCCAUGAUUCAAUCAAACCUUAAGCAUCUGUCCGCUGGGCUGCAGUUACGUCUCCAGGCCAUUCAGAACAGGGUGAACCACCAGUGUCUUCAAGGUCAGAUGUCAGGAGCCCCACCAUUCGCCCUGCGAAAAUGGCUUCAGUGUACCCAGUUUAAGAUGGCUCAGGUGGAGAUCCAGUCAUCUGAGGCUGCCUCACAGUUCUAUCCCAUGUGACCUGCUCUGAACUCACUGCUGGGGCCUCACAUCUGCAUCCAUCUGUCGUGGCUAAACCCUGUGACCAAUAAAAGGACUCGGGCAUGAACUGAUACUUUGCGGGAUCCAUUUAAAGUGAAUUGGUUUCAGCACUUUCAGUAUAAUCCUUGUACAUGCACUGGAAAUCUAUGCUAUUUUAAAUCACUAGCUCUGGGACUGUGUUCGUAGUCCUGUGUUGGGUAAAUGUAUCAGGUGCCUAACUGUUAUAUUCAACAGAUUUAAAGAGUUAGAAGGACAGCUGAGAAAAAUUUGUAUAGACUCAUGUAUAGGCAGGGGUGUCAAAGCAAAUGCUUGUUGAAUUUUAAAUAUGUGCACUCUAUUACAUUCAUAUCCUAUCACAUUUUUAAGUUGCUUGGUUGCAAGCUGGACAAUAAAAGUACACAUUUUCUAAACAA